GCCAUGGCGGCCUAUGAGGCGACUGUGGCGGCGGCGGCGGCGGCGGCGGGGCCCACGGCUCUGGCCUUGGGCGCCGCGGCCGUCCCGGCCGCCGCGAGGGGAGCCGCUGCCGCCUCCGGCCCGUGGGAUCCCCCCGGGCGGCUGAGGGGCAGCCGGCCGCGACCCACGGCAGCGAGGCAGCAGCCUGCGGGUGCGGCGCCGCCGGCCCGGGAGCUCAUCCAGCCGUCGGUGAGCGAGCUGUCCCGGGCCGUGCGGACCAACAUCCUGUGCACGGUGCGCGGCUGCGGCAAGAUCCUGCCCAACAGUCCCGCGCUCAACAUGCACCUGGUCAAGAGCCACCGCCUGCAGGAUGGCAUAGUGAAUCCAACAAUAAGAAAAGAUUUGAAAACUGUACCAAAAUUCUACUGUUGUCCAAUUGAAGGAUGCCCUAGAGGCCCUGACAGACCAUUUUCUCAAUUUUCUCUCGUAAAACAGCACUUUAUGAAAAUGCAUGCUGAAAAGAAGCAUAAAUGUAGUAAGUGCAGCAAUUCGUAUGGCACUGAGUGGGACUUGAAAAGACAUGCAGAGGAUUGUGGUAAGACCUUCCAGUGCACAUGUGGCUGUCCCUAUGCCAGCAGGACUGCGUUACAGUCCCACAUCUACCGAACUGGCCAUGAGAUCCCUGCAGAACACAGGGAUCCACCUAGUAAGAAAAGGAAAAUGGAAAACUGCCUGCACAACCAGAAGUUGUCCAGUAAGACUGUUGAAUCACUGAGCAACCAAUCAACCCCAAGACCAGAUGCUCAAGAACUAGAAACUUCAGAAAUAAAGCUAGUGGCUUCGUUUGAAGAUUCUUGCAGCUCUAAUGCCAGAAAGCAGGCUCUUCCAACACCUCCAAGGUAUCCUCAGAAGUUGCUUUUACCAAAACCCAAAGUGGCUUUGGUUAAACUCCCCGUUAUGCAGCUUUCUCCUGUGCCUGUCUUUGUGCCUACAGCCGACUCCUCAGCCCAGCCUGUGGUGUUGGGUGUCGAUCAUCAGGGCUGUACCCACGGUGCUGUGCACUUACUGCCCUUGUCCGUCGGAACCCUGAUCCUCGGCCUAGAUUCGGAGGCUUGCUCUCUCAAGGAGAGCCUCCCUCUUUCAAAAAUUGUAAAUCCUGUUGCUGUUGAGCCAGUUAGCACAGGUGUUCAAGUGAACUUGGGUAAAAGUCCAUCUAACCCUUUACAAGAACUAGGGAACACAUGUCAGAAGAACAGCAUUUCUUCAAUCAAUGUACAGACAGAACUGUCUUAUACCACACCACACUUUAUACCGUCUGUAGAGUGGGCUAGCCCUGAUUCCUCUGUGUCAUCUUGUUCUCAAACUGAUUUAACAUUUGGUUCUCAAGUUUCCCUUCCCAUCAGUGUUCAUACUCAAACUUUUUUGCCCAGUUCUAAGGUAACCUCAUCUAUAGCGGCUCAGACUGAUGUGUUUAUAGAUGCCAGUUUCCAGUCAGGUGGGAUCUCCAGAGAAACUCAGACCAGUGGAAUGCAAAGUCCAACCGAUGAUCGAGUACAGAUGGACCAAGCUGUAAUGUGUGGAGACAUUUUUGAGAGUGUCCAUUCGUCAUAUGGUGUUUCUACAGACAGUAUUAUAAGCAGCAGCUUAGUAGCAGAGACUGUGACUCAUGGUUUGUUACCUCAGAACCACCCUAAAACUUUAAAUCAAGAUAUUGAGAAAUCUGCACCAAUUAUAAACUUCAGUGCACAGAAUAAUAGUAUACUUUCUUCACAGAAUAUGACAGAUAAUCAGACCCAAACCAUAGAUUUAUUAAGUGAUAUAGAAAACAUCUUGUCAAGUAAUCUGCCUGGUCAGACACUGGACAAUCGUAGUCUUUUGUCUGACACAAAUACUGGACCUGACACCCAGCUCCCAUCUGGCCCAACCCAGAAUCCUGCAAUUGAUUUUGAUAUUGAAGAGUUCUUUUCGGCCUCAAAUAUCCAGACUCAAACCGAAGAGAGUGAGCUUAGCACCAUGACCACGGAGCCAGUCUUGGAAUCUCUGGACAUAGAGACCCAAACUGACUUCUUACUUGCAGAUGCCCGUGCCCAGUCCUACAGUUGUAGGGGAAAUUCUAACUUCUUAGCCCUUGAAAUGUUUGACACGCAGACACAGACGGACUUGAACUUCUUUUUAGACAGUAGCCCUCAUCUGCCUCUGGGAAGUAUUCUGAAACACUCCAGCUUUUCCAUGAGUACUGAUUCAUCUGACACAGAGACCCAAACUGAAGGAAUCUCCACUGCUAAAAACCUACCUGCUCUAGAAAGCAAAGUUCAGUUGAACAGUGCAGAAACACAGACCAUGAAUUCUGGCUUUGAAACUUUGGGGAGCUUAUUCUUCACCAGCAAUGAAACUCAAACAGCAAUGGAUGACUUUCUUCUGGCCGAUUUGGCCUGGAACACGAUGGAAUCUCAAUUCAGCUCUGUUGAAACCCAGACAUGUGCAGAACUACACCCAGUCUCCAACUUCUGAAAGUGGAAUCCACAUGGGGGAUGGCAUUUACAGUUGGUUCCCUUCUGGAUUUAGAAGGUGGAGAACGGGGACAACAGUGUUAACUCUAUUGAAUGUACUUGAUACAGUUACUUCGAUUAUCUGAGGUUCUUUGCCCUUUGUACUGUAAACAUGAAAUUUGUGUAAAAAUGUGUGAGUGUAUUAUAAAGUAUAAGAUGUUGAUCUAACAAGAAUUGUUUUUGUGUUGCCUACAUUUGCCCUUUCAGUGUAGUCUUCCCUUCUUAAAAAAAAAAAAAUGUAUUUCACAUCUUUAAAACCCAUCUAGCCAUUCACCUGAAGCCAAGCUCAGCAGGACUAGGGUACAAACUUUUCAAACCUUCAAAACACUUUAGUCAAAGUAUGACUUACUUAAAUUGCACCUAAAGUACUUUUGCCAGUGCUUGUUAGAAAUUCCUGUGUCCCAAUAAUGUCUAAAGAAGUCUGACGCUGUACCAUCAGAUUUAAACACCAACAGCUUCAUCUGCUUUGACAUCUUACUCUCCCCUGAUUUGAAGACACAAAGGAAACUACACUUGUCUUUAGCUUUUGAGACAAUUUUCAUAUAGUCAAUGCCAUCCCUCCUCUACGUGAACUCUUACUGAUACCAACGUUAAGUGUAUAGUACUUUCCUCACAAGACGUGUUGCUGUAAAAUUAUUGCUUAAAGAAGUAGCGGCAAGCACUUAGUGUAAAUAGUGAUCCUUUCAGUCUAAGUGACAGUAAGUCACCCCAACUAUGGAAACGCUGGGCUGUGAAAUCAUGCCUGUUAGCCCAGACUGGAGUGUGUCCUACGAGCAUCUCUCCUACUCUCUACAGAAGGCCAGGACGGUGCUCCAGAGCUGCUCCUCAAAGCUCACCCACCAGCUGAGUCUCAGUUUUUCUCUCUAAAUGUUUAAAGAAAAAUAACAUAAGGAGAAAAGGACAUUCCCCCCUAAAUUUCAACAGUUUGCAUAAGCUUGAUAGGGCAAGAGUGCAAUCAGCAGCUAUUCUAAAGUGAAUCUUGUUUUCAUCCACCUCUCAUUUUUUCCUUAAAUGAGGAAACACAUUGGUCUAGCAAGGAUAGUAUUUGUGCCUUGAGAAUAGCAAUUAUAGAACAGAUCCAUCUAAAGUAUAGUGUUCUGCAUUUUGUUGCUUUGUUUGUUUAGAGAGGGUAAUACCAAACAGUCUUCAAAGAAAAUGAGGUGAAGACCAAGUGCUUCAAUAAUCAAGAACAUCUGUGUUUUGAGAUGGGUGUGUGGUUAAGUAUGCUUUUGGAGUUUUCUGUAUUUAGGAGAUUCUGAGUUCUUGAUUGUUGGCCAACUUUCGGGCAAGUAAAAAUCAGUGCAGUCUGUAAAUUUUUCUGAGUUUACCCAGAAAAAUGCUCUGUUCUUUCUGUGGCACAUGCUUAUGCUGCUGAAGGCUAAAUCCUCAAAAUAAAACCUAAGGAGGGGACUAAGAAUUCAUUAAAGUAACUCAGUGGUGUUGCUACUAAUUCCUAUCCUGUAGAAGAAUUAUUGGUAGUGGAUAAAUAACAUAUCCUGAGUAGAUGAACUCAGUCUGAUAGAUAAAAGUUUGCUUUGGUCACAGUUGCCUAUGAAUAUGGGUUUCAAAACAAACAUAAAGCCUUAACUUAGAAUUUCAUUAUGUUUUAGAAUCAUCACUGCCUUAAUGUGCAAACAUCUAUUUAAGUUCUCCUAAUAAGGAGAAAUGCAUGUUUGUUUAUGGCUCUUUGUAAAUAUAUAUGCAGCGAUCUAUGGCUUUAAAAAAAUUCUGUGUUUCUGUGACAGUGUUUGUUAAUCCAGCCAAUAGAGUUAUUUGCAGAAAAGUGGAGCAUGUAAUAGUUCUUCAUGUACAAGUAAGAACUGUUUCCCCCCAAAACCUUAGUUACCUGAAUUGUUCUAAGAUUAUUUGUAAAAUCUGAAACUCAGUGAUUAAAGAGAAGUGAGAAUUCUACCUUUUGUGUGAAUUCUUCAGCAUACUCAUAAUGUGACUUCGUUGCCUUAAGUUUUCACAAACUCAUCAUCGUCUGAAAGUCACACGAUGAAAUGACUGUGCCUAGUUAUUUCCAUUACUGUCUUACCUUUGUUCAUGAAAAUAUGCUAACAAUUUUCCUAGUAGAAAAUGAAAAGACAUUCCAUUACCAAAACUUCUGGUUUUUUUGGGCCGCGCCAUGCAGCUUGUGGGAUCUUACUUCCCUGACCAGGGAUUGAACCUGGGCCCUCAGCAGUGAGAGCACAGAGUCCUAACCACUGGACUGCCAGGGAAUUCCCAAAGCUGCUGUUUUGAUGUAAAGUUUUUAUUUUGAUAAAAACUGCCCUAUGAUUUAAGUUUUGGGAAAAUUUUUUCAAAGGAAAUUUGAAAAAAUAAUUUCAAAGGAAAUUACUCUGAUUCAUUUUUCAUCCAAAUGUCACCAUUUCAUGAUGGGGUGUCUUUUAUCUUUGUAAGUAAUAUGGUUCUGGCUUAAGAGCAAAAAUAAGAGGGUAGGACUAUGACUAGUUCUUUGCUCAUACUCAGUCACUAAUUGCAGGAAAGCCCAAUCAGUGUGUUUGAUUCCCUUUAGAUAAAGGGAAAUAAAAGUAGAAAAAUUUUAUAGACUUAGCUGAAAGAUGCAGAGUAAGGUUUGCAGCUACUUUUUUUUUUUUUUUUUGGCUGCGUUGGGUCUUCGUUGUUGCUAGCCGACUUUCUCUAGUUGCGGAGAGCGGGGGCUUCUGA